AUGGGCGUGGGAGGGGGCGGCGCUCCGUACACCCACAUGAGCAAGUACUCCUACCCGACCGACGUGAGCCUCAGCAGCCACUAUGGGUACACUUCGUGGGGUUUGUGGCGCGGCGAUACCCGGAAUCUGUCCUCGUCGAUGUACGGCAAGAAGCAGAAGAACUUCCGAUCGGUGUCCAUCCUAUUGAUGUCGGCUGCCUUCGUCGUGGUCCUGGCCGUGCUCUGUGUGGCGGCGCUGGCCUUCUACUUUAGCGCAUUCAAGGCGGACAUCAGCGAUUCCAUCCUCGUGUUCGACUGCACGCUUCGGGUGACCCGGGGCGACAUCUACACCACCGGACUGCGCUCGAACAGCACUCCCGUUUUCCGGCAGAAGUCCGCCUUCUACGAACGACUCAUCGACACAUCGCUGGAGCAGAGUGGCCUCACCGUGUCACGGACGGAAAUCAUGGACUUUGGCGACGGGCCAACUAUAAUACUCACUUUUCGGGUGUUUCUCGACAUGAGGAAGAUCAAGAUAACGAUUAACAACGUAGAGGAGCACAUCCGGCAGGCUGUUCUGAGCGAAUUGGCGAAUCCCAACUCGGUGUUCAAGAACAUCAGAGUAGACCCGGACACGAUAGAAAUCAAACGGUUGCUGGACAGGGAGGUGAUCAAGACGGCCUUUCUCAAGAAGGAAGAGACAUUCCCGCCAGUUUUGAAAGCACCGGAGGAACGGUACGGUCCGGCGAAAAAAUCCGGCGUUAUCGAGAAAACCGUGCACAAAUUCACUGCAAAGAUCUCCACCUCGACCGUCCCAACGACCAGCGCCGGUGACAAACGGUCCCAACCUCGCCAGCCGGAACAGCACCAGGCCGACGGCGAAUCUGACAUUGACAUGGAUAAUUUACCGGUUAUACAAGGGUCAUUCGAGAUAACGAAAACAGAUGCAGACAUCACGCAAAAACGGGGCACCGUAGCAGGAACUUCAUCCGGUGGAGUAACAGCCACCCUCAAACCUUUUGCCGUCAGUCCAGCUCAACUCAAGGUACGCAACGGGGCCAGCGAGAAACGGCAGAACGAAAACGCAAAAUACUCGCACGUGGAUGGUGAUAAGGUGUUGCUCUCUUCAUCAACGAUGCAAACGCCGGCCUCCGGGGGUAAACCCAAAUUUGAAACGGCGACGGCCAAAAUUGAAAAAACGGACAAACAUGGCUCGACGACGAAGAAAAUUAAAAGUAAUUCCGGCAGGAGCUCGUCAACGAGGCGCAGGACAACAACCACCACCACUUCCACAACGACAACGAUGGCCACCCCUACUACUAUGCCAAUCACGACAACGGAAGAACCUACCACGACUACCAGCCCCACUCGACGAACGACGAUAAAAAGUACAACUAACCGCAUCACAACGCCAGCCUACGAGGAAUCGGAAGAGCUGCAGACAGAUCUGCCGAUUAAUGGCCGCAACGACACGUUGUUGGAGAACUUUUUGCUGGCCAUCCUGAAUGAUAGCUUGUCGCAGGAGUCGGCAGCAAAUGAACGCGUUGACGAAAACAUACCCAAGCUAGACGUGAGUCUCUUCACAAGCGCUCCUAUUCUGGACAAACAACCGUGGCAACCGAUUCGGCCCACCAUUCCCAAGGGCAUCCCAUUGCACAAGUUCGCAUCCGUGAAGCCAACGAAGAAAAAGUCCACUUUGGUGGAGGAAAUCCUCUAUCGAACGAAGAACAGUGACAUCGAAAGUUCUCUCUACACGGAAAGUCCCAGCGCGCAGGUCUACUACCAGAGCUUCACCAAUCCUAGUUUUGGUUCUUCGACGCUGGGCAUCGAACCGCUGGGAAUGCUGGACGUUAGGCCGUACCCGCUGCCAGUUGACAAGAUCUCGAUCCAACCGGUUCCCGAUUUUAAGCAGAUGACUCCAACGGCUAUCAGUAUCAGUGAAAAUUUGAUGAACAUGACUCUGGAUGAUAAGAAGUUUGAGCAUCUGGGUGGUGGAGUGAUCGCGAAGAAACCGGAAAACAAGACUACUCCGUAUCGUACGACGACGGAGCCUAUGAAGACCAGCGUGAUUACCGUGACUCCGAUUUACGUUGAGAGAACUAGCGAGAAUCUGAUCCGGUCAACUGAGGAGUACGUGGAAUAUUAUCAAGGAGAUGCAUUGAACUUUACGGAAAUGGAUACGACUACAAUGAUGAUGGAAGAUUUUAAUGACACUUCAUUGGAUUACUCUUUGGGUGUGGAAUCUAGGAUAAGUCCAGAUGAGGACAUUUACAGUACGGAGCCGGUGAUGACAUCGACUGUGGAAAGCGUGGAAAAGGUGACGGAAGUGCCUUUUGACUUUGGAAGUAGUGAAUCGUUGAUGACGACAACAGAGCAGCCUGAAUUGGAGUCCACUACGGUGUCCACAACUGAGAUGUUCCUGUCAAGUACCGAGACAACGACGGAAGAACCAAAAACAACCACUAGUAGCAAGCGAUCGACAUUUGUGGAAGUUGAAACGCUCAAGUAUAAUCCAACAACCAGUGUUCCAACCGCUACGGCAACCGUUCCGGAGCUGUUUCCGAUCAACAAGUGGGAGUUUGUGAACGGGUCUCGAGUAACUCCGUCCAAUCGGCAAUCCACUCGCAAGGUGUUCAAUGAAACUUUGCAAGCAUUGAUUGUGGAAAACAUACAAGCUCCUACGACAACUGCUAGCGUGAAGAUUGAGGAUUUGAAGAGUAAACGUAACAGUACGACCAAUCUUCAGAAUUUAUCGGCCAUUUUCGACACGCUCGCAUCCAAGUUAGGGAUCCAGACCGAAUCGUCCAGCAAAUUACCUCCGUUCUCUUCAUUGUCGAAGAUCAAGAAUCAGUACAAGAGCUCGACGACCCGUCUGGAAGGUGCAACCACCAAGAAGCGCACUCGAGGACCCACCAGACCAAAACGGAAGAAGAACAAGAACACCAACCGAACAUCUACGACUUCAACCACCUCAACAACUAGUACCACUCCAGCCCCGACAACUCUCACCACCACUACAACUCCCAGAACCACCAUCACAAUGGCACCUCCUUCGGUUACCACUCCCUUCGUCAAGCUAGCCCCGACCGUCAUCAACGAGGAUAUCGGUGACGUGGUCCCAGUCAUGCUCGCCCCAGCUGCUCCGGAGUAUUCUUCCGAGUACUACGCCGGCCAGGCCGAAGUGGAAGUCAUCGAUCCGAACCAGUACGAGGAAAUGCUCCGGCUACUGGCCGCAACUCCCUCGGGAGCGGUCCGCUAUGCCACCACAACGCCAACGCCCCUGGUUACGCUGAUGCCCGCGAAAUCCAACUCCGGUAUCAAAAACUUCCGACCGAAAGUGAAACUCCAGCAACAAAGUGGUGCCUCGGCAUUGCUGCUGACCAGCAGCUCGUUAGCAGCCCAUAAUCAGCGCCAGUCGACACCGUUCGGCAUCGAUGAAGGCAGGAAAAUGAGCGAAAGUUUAAAAUUAAUGAAUGCAAAUAAUGGCCACGGAGGUGCGGGAGACAAUGUCGCCUCGGCUUCGUCCUCCUCGGUAUUGUCCGUGCCUUCGGCGGUGGUUGUCAGUAGUGGUGUUGGUGGUGGUAGAAUCGUCGGAGCCGAAGCCGCACCGUUGAUGGCCGAAAGUGGCAGCCAGGGAUUUGACCGGGAACAAAACGAUAAUAAAAAUAACACAAUCGUGGAAGCGGUGGUUAGGGCCAGUAUGCGCUUUGAAUCAUAAAACAGAAGUUGCGGCCCAGCGGUCGGUCGGUCGGUCGGUUGAACCCUCGGCGGUGCAGCUUCAAACGACGGGGGUGUGAGUGAGACAGGUGCGGGUGAAUGGGGACGCGAAUGCAAGAGACUUGGAUGGUGUUGUUGAAUGGACGACGACUUGUACGAUAGCGAUUGCGAUGGUGUUGGGACAUUGGGAAUAAAAAUGUGCUUGCGGACGACCAAGAGGAUGCACCCGUCGUCAUCCUUGUCCGCGGGCUGGAAAAUGUGAUUAUUCUUGCAUAAAGGUGACUACGGCAUUUCCCGACGGCAGGGCGGCGGUGGUGACAACAACGAGUACUACGACAAUAACGAUAAAAGUAAAGAUGGAUGUUCGGUGAGAUUGCAGGAUGUGUUGGAAUUCGGUGGGGUCGGAGUCGGGAGGAUGGUGUACUCAAAGGACAUUUGUCCUUUGACAUGUCAAAGGACAUUCUUUAACGAUUAUUUGUGACAUAUUUUUUUGAUGCUCUAAACACACUUGGCCCAUUUUUGUUUUUGGCGUUACUUUCCAACUAGAAAUCAGCUUGCUUCUCAGCUGAGUGUUCUAAUUGCACUUUCACAGAUAUUAAUUGAGAGCUUUCUCUGACUUACUCAAUUUUGCAUUUCUUCUAUAGUGUGGCAUGUACGACACGAAUAAUCUGCUAAUGAUUCUCGUCAGAAAAUCAAGAAAUUUGGUUUAGGAAAUUCACAAUUUCCUAAACCAACACGAUAUCUCUAAAAUGUCUUAAGAGAAGGAAUUCAUGAAAUCUCUGAGGAGAUUUCAAAAAAUCUCCAAGAGGAACACGUUGAGCAAUUACUGAUUACAGUUUUGAAGAAAUCUUUAACGUAUUGAAAAAAAAAAUGGGCUGUUAUUUUCUGUAGAAAUACCUGAGUAAUUUCUGGUAGAUACAAUAGCUGGAAUAUACACCGCAGGAUUUUUUAUGAAAUAUCUGGAGAUAAUACAUAUUUUACUGUUAAAAUUUCCUAAGCCAUUGUAAUACGAUAUAUCUAACAUGUUUUAAGAGGAGGAAUCCAUGAAAUCUCUGAGAAGGUUAUCAAAAAAUUUCCAAUAGGAACACAUAAAGGAAUAACUGAAUACAGUUUUGAAGAAAUCUACAACGCAUUUCUGAAAAAAAAAACGUUGCUGUUGUUUUCAGCAGAAAUAUUUUAGCAAUUUCUGGUAGAUACAAAAUCUGGAAUAAACACCGCAGGAUUUUUUGUAAAAUAUCUGGAGAUAAUAUUUUUUUGCUGUAAAAAGUUUUUAAGGGUAUUUUUUAAAAUAUUCGUACUCCAGCUUAAUAUACUGAUUCCUGAAGGAAAGUGUGCUUCCUGAAGGGACAACCCUUUUCAAGAAUUCUUGAAGAUCUUUCUGCCGUAAAUACUAUGUAAAUCCAAAUAAUUUAUUAAGAAGUUCCAAGAUGAGUUUGAUAUUUCUAGUAGAUACUGUUCUUAAAGGUAAUUAUUGAUACACCCUUGAAUAAACAUUCAAUAAAGUCCUUAAAAAUACGAUGCAGAUAUCCAGGUAGCAACCUCUAAAAGAACCAAUUCUUGAAAUUAUUUCUGAAGGUAUCUCUUGAGGAUUUAUUUUAACAGGAAUACAAACUGCUAAAAACUUCGAGCAAAAAUUUUGAAAAAGUAUCUCUCGAUGAUUUAUUAGUAAAUCCUUGAAUUUUUGCUUGAUUGGUAACAGAAGAAAUUCGUAGCUAAUGGUGCAAAAAAAAGUUGGUUAGUGAUUUCUAGAUGAAUUUAUCGGACCUACAAAAAAAUUUGUUGGUUGAAGUUUUUUGCAUAUUUUUUGAACAAGUUAUUGCAAAUAUGUUUUGACAAUGGAUUAAUUCCUACAGUAACUUUUCACAGAAUUUUAGUAGCGGUCCUUAAAGUGAUUCCUAUGAAUCUUCCUUUAAGGAUUCGUUGUUGUAUUUUUCAAAGAUAGUUGAAAAAUCUGGUUGCUAAAAUACUGCACAGAAGCUUAGAGGAAUUACAAGUGAAAAACGUAGAGCAUAGUUGGCUUAAUUUCUGGAGAAAUCUCUACUAAAUUUCCAAGGAGCAACUCCUAAAGAAGGAAUCGACAGAGUGACUUCUGGUAGAAUUUCUAAGUCAUAUAGAGCAAAUUCACCGAAAGAUUCCACAGAGACUUCACAAGAUUAAUGGCUGACCAAGCUUUAUGCGAAUAAGUACUUGAAAAAACUUCCAAGCAAAGAAUAUUGUAAGAACAAUAGCUUCAAACUAGAGUUUCCUAGAAAAAAAAGAAACAUUCAGGAAUCAUGGUUAUUUAAAGAAUGCCUGAUAGAAUUUCAAAAUCAAAUUUUAAACAUUCUUCCAUGUGGAAUACAUAAGCAAAUGGGGGAAUUCCAAGAAGUUCAAGAAAAUUCUUUUGAAAAAUAAUAAUGAAAAAACACAUUUUUUUGAAUAAUCCUUGAAAAUAUGUCGCGUUUCUUGAAAAAAUCAAGAUAAACUCUCAGGGAAUAUCCUGAAAGAAUUUUGUCAUCAAUUUUUAAAAGUGCUCUAAGUUAAAUUUCUGCUCGGAGUGGUCCAGUGAUGAAAACAAAUAUCUAGGGGUCCUUAAUUCCUGCUCAAAAGUUAUAACGGAAGUAAUUUAAGGAGAAUUGCCAAUACAUAUCCUUAGGGCAGAGGUUCCCACACUUUUGAAGAUCGUGGCGCACUUGAAAAUUUUAUCGGAAUAACAUGGCGCACCGAUACAAAAAAACUGGAAGAAGCGAACUUUCUUGAACAUAAGUUUUUAAUUUGUAUUUUUGAAUGCACACUCCCAAAAAAUUAUGUGAUUUGCGUCUUUUGGGAUGCAUAUAAAAGAGCGAGCUGAAUGACAUCAUCAUGUGUCGAAUUUUAAAUACGUUAGUGUCGUUAUGGAAUACGUUCGGGAAAUAUCGAUCACAGUUCCAUUGUGUUUGCGUCCUUUAGCACGUAAACUUACUUUUUUGCUCAAUCAUCUUCAACGACACGUUUUUGUGUCGUUCUAUCACUUACAUCAUGUAUCAUUCAGUCAUAACCAUAAUUUCGUCAACAUUAAUUUUCAUUAUAUUUAAGAGUGUGUUUCAUUUUAUAAGUAUAAUGUAUUCAAUAUGAACUAAAAACGACAAUAACUUGAAGAGAAGUAUCACUAGGAACGCAAUAUUCAAUGCCACGAGACCUUUCUUUACAUAGCAUAACGUUAUGCUUUCGGAUAUUAAAUGAUUUUUAUUUUCAAUGUCGGGUUUUUCUCGAUAUUAGAAAAUUCGAAUGUUUUCGUAAAUUUUGUACAAAGAUAUUAUGAUUUGCCAAAUAUAUAUACUAAUAAAGCUACUGUUUUAAUAAGUUAAAAUUCCACUUAAAAACCUAACAGAAAAAAAUGAAUGUUUUACUUUCACGUUACAAUCAAUAAAUAGAAUGUCAAGCUCUUCGUUUUUUAAGAUUGUUAGCGGCUAAUAAUCCUUAACUCUCAAAAUUAUGCUGUUUCUUUUAUAAUUUAAGUUUGGACAGUUUUGGUUUGUUUUUGAAACUUUGAAAGAGUCAACUUGGA